AUGUCGGCACCACCGUCGCGGCAGGAGACGGACCGGACGUACGUGGAGGUCACGCCGGAGCCGCUGGACCUGCAGAAGCUCGUGCAGUUCGUGACGGACCCCGGCGCAGGCGCCAUAUCAACCUUCAUCGGAACGACGCGCGACACCUUCGAGGGCAAGAAGGUCGUGCGGCUCGAGUACGAGGCCUACGUGCCCAUGGCCCUCGCAAAGCUCCAGGAGGUGUGCGACAAGGCCGCUGCGAAGUGGGACGUGCGGAAGGUGGCAAUGGCGCACCGCACGGGGCUGGUGGGCGUGACGGAGGCGUCCGUGAUCAUCGCGGUGUCGUCCGCGCACCGCCUGGAGGCCAUCGAGGCGUGCCACUUCGGCAUCGACGACCUGAAGGCCACCGUGCCCAUUUGGAAGCGCGAGGUGUACGAAGACGGCAGUGCCUGGAAAGAGAACAAAGAGUCGCGCAACCUGUACAAUGCGAAGCGGGCGGACGAGGGCGCCUUCAAGCACCCGCCCAGCGACGCGCCGGGCGCCCCCGCGCCGUGA